AUGGAAACCGCAACGACGCGCGAUGAGCUUCUCGCGAGCUUACAACUCGCCUUCUUCAUGGACGGUUUCGCCGAAAUUAGCUCGGCGCUGAUUUGCGUCGCAGGCGCCUUGGCGAACUUCACCCUGAUAUUGCUCAUAUUGAACUGCACGCCGAACACAAUGAAAUCCUACUCGGUGUUCCUGUUCAACUUCGCCUUCUUCGACCUCUGCACGUGCAUCCUCUCAUUGUUCGCGUGCCAAAAAACGGUGUUCUCCGGAAUCGCGUUGAUCUACAUCUUCCACGGACCGUGCAAAUACAUCAGUGCGUGGUUCUGCUAUUUCUGCCAUUGUUUCGUGUGCCACUCGCUGGCCCACUCGCAAUGGAUCCUCCUCGCCAGUUUCAUCUACCGCUAUUUCAUUCUCAUCGGCACAUUUCCAACGAUUCGCACGAUGAUCGCCAUCUCCAUCGCGCUCUACUCGAUGUCGCAUUUCAUUCUCGUCACCUACGUGAUGGACAUUGGCGAUUCCGACGAGUUCAUGCGAAUCAUCACCCAUCUCCAUCCACAAUAUCACUAUGACGAUGAGAGCAUUUGGGGAAAGCUCGUGCUCAGCGGCAACCUCUCGAUAUUCCAGCCGUUCACGAUGUGGGCCAUCGUCUACAUGACGACGCCGUGCGUGCCGAUCUACGCGCUGAUCCUCUACUAUCGCCAUCGAACGCUGGCGAUAUUGAACGACAGUUCGGUGAACAUCUCGGACGCCGCGAAAUCGUCGCAUCGCAAAUUGAUACAGGCGCUGACGAUACAGGCGAUGAUACCGAUUUUUUGGCUCAUGGGCUCGGCGAUUUUCACCAUGGCCGAAUUCGGCGUCAUUUCGGGACCGAUUUUCGAGAACAUCAUUUUCCGAUUGAUGGACUGCAUUCCGUCGACGAGCCCGUUCAUUUCGAUCAUUUUUAUUGGUCCCUACAGAGCGUACGCGAGAGUCGAAGACCGCAACGAAGUUUGA